AUGGGCGGCCGCCCGUGCUACCGUACCCAGCUGCUCAUUUAUUUGUUCCUAGUCCUCAUCAUUCUUCAUCUCUAUCUUCGGCAAGACACCUGUGAAAAUCAACUGCAAAGAAGUUUUCUGAGCCUUCCGGUCUUCGAAACGACGUCAGAGGAUUUUUCGGUACCCUCAACGUCAGUGAAAACCAUCGAAGAAACCCCAUUUUCUAUAAAAUUCAAGAACGCUAAUUUCAAAUCGACCUACCGUAUCCUGCCAGAAGCAACCAACUGCUCCUCAGCCCUCCUCCUCGCCGUCGUCCUCUCCCAGGCCAAACAUUUCAAAAUCCGUGAGACAAUCAGGGAGACCUGGGGAAGAGUGGAAACAAAAAUGGAACCCAAUCUCAAGGUCUUGUUCAUAAUCGGUCGCGGGCGCCCCGAGGAAAAUAUGCUAAUUUACGAGGAGGCCGAAGAAUAUGGCGAUAUUCUAGUAAUAUCUUCGCCGGAUACUUAUCGUAAUUUGGUGCAUAAAUCCCUCGCUCUCUUCUACUAUCAUCAGACGUACUGCCCGACCAGAUACUUGCUAAAGAUUGACGACGACGUCCUCUUCGAUUUCAGCAGAUUUUUCCACUUCCAAGCAAAGGGCAAGAUCCCCGAAAAUCCGCCGGCCAUCUUCGGCAAGCUCUGGCGGAGGUCGAAGCCCUUUCGAAACCCGAAACAUCGAUGGUAUAUCUCGCCACGACACUUUGAUCACAAGUUCUUGCCGUCAUUUUGCGGCGGGCCCUCUUAUAUUCUAACGCGAGGCGCCGUUGCUCAACUGCUGAAUUCGACGCGAAACGUUCCUUUCAUCUAUAAUGUAGAAGACGUCUUGCUCACCGGUAUUCUAGCUGAAGCAGCCGGAGUCAAACGCAUCGAUAUGCCACGUUCGGUACACCCAAAUGAUCGUCUUUUAAAGCCAAACCCAUACGGGAUUAAAUGUGACAUGGACGGGGUACCGUACCUUUUUGCUGUCCAUGGCCGGAAAACGCCAGCUACGAUACGUAGCGGUUGGGAGAAGCUCUCUAGCUUAAAUUGCACCUACAAAUAUCCG